CUCUCUCUCUCUCUUUCUCUCUUACUCACUCACCCAGCCCAGCGUUGUAUGGACGCGCAUUAGGCGAUCUAAAUCAGUGUUGACGGAGGUAAAACGAUAGUAACAUCUCCAACGUGGUUCAUCGAGUGCAAGACCUCAAAGUAGAGCGAACACCUCAUCCCUCCAUCAGCCAUGGCGGACGAAGCCGAUAUGCGCAAUGAGUUGUCCGACAUGCAGGCCAGAGCCGAUCAGCUGGGCGAUGAGUCUUUGGAAAGUACUCGGCGCAUGCUGCAACUGGUCGAGGAGAGUAAAGAUGCUGGAAUCAGAACUUUGGUUAUGCUGGAUGAACAGGGAGAGCAACUGGAGCGCAUCGAAGAAGGAAUGGAUCAAAUCAAUAAGGACAUGAAAGAAGCAGAAAAGAAUUUGACGGAUCUAGGAAAUCUCUGUGGGCUUUGCCCAUGUCCAUGUAACAAGCUGAAAGGUGGUGGUCAGUCCUGGGGUAAUAAUCAGGAUGGGGUGGUGUCCAGUCAGCCAGCACGUGUGGUCGAUGAACGCGAGCAGAUGGCCAUCAGCGGAGGAUUUAUCCGCAGGGUAACGAAUGAUGCACGAGAGAAUGAAAUGGAUGAGAAUUUGGAACAGGUGGGAGGCAUCAUCGGUAACCUCCGCCACAUGGCUCUGGACAUGGGCAAUGAGAUUGACACCCAGAAUCGACAAAUCGACAGGAUUAUGGAUAUGGCCGAUUCCAACAAAACCAGGAUCGACGAAGCCAACCAACGCGCCACAAAGAUGUUGGGCAGUGGCUAAAUGAGUGCAAAAAGUGCUUUGGCUUCCUUUCCCCUCCCUGCUGUACCUGCAAAAGUGCACAUGUGCUAUCACCACGGUCUUCACCCCUCCUGUUCGCACAUGUGCACUUGUCAGCCCCUUGACGCUCUAUCUAGGAAGUGUUGUUCUGUGUCUGUCUAAACUGAUAGUCUAGUAAAUUAUCACAUUUACUUUUACAUCUUUUUCUCCAAAGGUUAAAUGUACAAAGUGCAUAUUUGAUGGCUAGAGCUCACACGUGAUGUUUCUUUUGUUUUUUAAGUGUGUAUUUAUUUCAUAUAUACACACAUUUUUGGGAUGAAAUUUCUUAAAGGUUUUUAGUCAUCCAUGUUUUCAUGCUCUGUUUUAUUCUACACAAGCCAUGCUUCAUACUGUGAUGACAGGAGAAGUAUUAGAUGGUGAGGUUCAGGGGAUUAUCAUAGCCUGCCAUUUUCUAUCCAUCACCCUUAGACAGCGUGCAGUACUGAUUUUUCCACUUGAAGUGGUGAUGUAUGUAUACCACGUGUCACUUUCACUUAUUACCCAAUGUGUAGACAUUACCGUUCGGCAUGGGCAGUACAUGCGUUUAAGUAUCGCGGUUUCGCAAUAUCACAAUAGUGCCACACUUUUUAUUUAUGUACAUCUGCAAAAUGUGUCUGUCUUGUAAAAUCUACAGUAUAAGAAAAUGCCAAUAAAAACAUAAACAAACCUAGAA